UCACGGUGUCCUUGAAUUCUCUCCCUCUCAGAAAUAUCAUCAAGCACAAAGUGGCAAGUGCACAUCACUCAUUGAUACCGUGCAGAACAGUCAUUGAAAGUAAUGUUAUCUCACCGUAAACAUGCGUGACUGCGGAGAAAUGCUGCAGCAGUCUUUCACCAGUUCACCCAGUUCUCCGCCUCUUGUCACCAGUGCCUUCUCCACGCUGCGCCUCACUCUCGUCGCUUCCUAGAUACGUAAUCAUCCGAUUCGGGCACGUUCUCGAAGCCCUGUUUUCAUCGCAAACUGCGCGGAUCCGAGCUUAAACAAGCCGCUUUUCUUUCUGUCUGUAACCACCAUCUACUACCCCUACUCCAACUUUUAUCGUCCUUUCACCAGCUUUUCUCAUGUCCGAAUACCCAGAGCGGCUGGAAAGCCAACGUCGUAUCCGUCCACUGGACCCUGCAGCAGUCAGAAGACGUUCACAUGUUUCCCAAUCUUGGCAUGAUUACGGUGACGGUAGUGUCAGCGCCAGUACCCGCUCCUGGGUUCAGUCGAAUCAGCGCGAUCCACCUCCUCCGCCAGAACAACUGCCUCUUCCGUCACCUGCAUUAGGUCUGCGCGCUGUCAAUCCAGACGAGAAUGAGCCAGAGGAAUUGUCUGAAUACAUGACCAUUCGCCAGGAGGAUUUUAACGGUUUACCUGAUUAUCCAUCUUGGCCCACUCCUGGCGGAGAUCACCAACUUCAUGUCGUCAACGUCCAGCCGCUCAAAACAAAAAAGCGUUUCGUGGGCGGUUUCGUCACAGGCUUGAAACGUAUCCCGAAGGCAAUGUUUGGAGCCAGCGGAUCCAAGGUGAAGGAGGUGAAGAGACAAAGACAGAGGUCGACAGAGACGGGAACGCACCUGACCGAGAAUACCCUUCCACAGUACAGAACCAACCCUCCAACCCCAGUAGCCUUACAGGUGCCGCGAACACAUGCUUCCUUGGCAGAGGGUUCUAUUCCACCUGCUCUGGCCUCGGGAGAACUUCAACGGCGCAUGAACAAUCCCACUUUCAGGCUGGAGGUACCUAUAGAGGUAUUCGAGCCUAGCGCGGCCUCACCGACAGAAGUGCCUAUUGACCAGACAAGAGAUUCUAUCCACCCAGAGUCCAGGCGGACGAGCCUUCACCUAACAAUGCCGGAACCCUCGAUAGCACUACCCCCUUCACAUCCACCGUCGCGUCGUCAAUCACAUGUUUCGCCGCGUCCACCGCAGCGGGAACCGUCUACAUUGCCCCCACCUUCUAUUCCCGCCCAUCCAGCCCCUUCAGAGGACUAUCGCCGCAUGUCAAAGGCUGACUCGCAGGGUCACGGCCCGACAAGCGCAACAAGCUCGUCGGUCGGAGCUGAGCCGUCUUUUUCGAGUGACCUGAACCCGGUGCUGAGAUUCAUCACCGGGCUUUACGAGAUGCCUUGGGUCUCACCGGAGCGCAUCACGGUGGACUAUCGUCCUGGGAUAGACCGUGGGGCAUGGGUGUGGAAAUGGACUCAUGCGAAGAACGGUAGCGGUAGUGGGAGAGGCCGAAAGGUGAUGGUACUGAAACCAAUUCCCAAGGUGACAGCCUCUUGGUACACUGUGAGAGACGGUACGGAAAAGAAAAUUCCAGUGAAGGAACGCGCUCGUUCGCCAAACAACGCUGCAGUUGAUCUGUUGAGCUCUGGAGCGUCUGGUACCCGGUCGUCAAUGGCGACCAGCGGAGCUACUUCGAGACGUGGCAGACGGCGGGUACCUAUACGAUCCUCGGUCUUCCUUCCAGACCCCAGUACGCUACCACGCUCCGUCAGACGGUCGAAACCUCCGUCGCGACCUGGUACCAGCUCGCACAGCGGACGGUACCGUGACCCUGAUCGGCGGCGACGGCGCCCUACAUCACCUUUGUUCCCCCAUGGGUACGCACCGCCGACUACACCGCCGCCUGUGCCACCCUUUGUGUUCAUGCCGCCCCCUCCUGCUGCUGCUCCAAGCCCGGAGGGUUCACAUGCGCAGCCUGCAGCUUCAAUGCCGUUGUUCGGGCCGGUGUAUAUGCAGAUGCUUCCCCCAACCUCGAUGACAUCUGUGAACACGAGCCCGGGAAUGGCUGGGCGAGGUGCAGGACUACAGCCUGCAUAUGGAUAUGGAUACUCGCCCAUGGUUGUGCCUGCUACUCCACCACAUGUGUAGUUUCAGAUACAUGUUUCAUGAAAUCUGAGCUCUUGACUUUUACCAUGUAGCACUAGUUCUUUCUAAUUAUGCCCAAUACGAUUGGAC